ACUUGGGGCAGAGUGUCCAUAAGACUGGUGUGUAGCCUACAGAAGAAGAGGACGUGGCUGGGCAUCAGGGCUUUCAGGACUGGUGUAAGAUCAGGUAGCUAUGGACACAAGUCUGUGCUGAGAGAAGCGGGGCAUGGCUGCGGCCCUCCAGGUCUUGCCCCGUCUCCGAGCCCUGUCACAUCCAUUCCUCUGGGGGCCCCCAGUGGCCCGGAUGACCAGUGGUAUGGCCUUGGGAGAACAGGCACAGCAGCUGUUUGACAGUGCGGUGGGCGCUGUGCAGCCAGGUCCCAUGCUGCAGAGGACACUGUCCUUGGAUCCUAGUGGCAGACAGCUGAAGGUGCGGGACCGGACCUUUCAGCUACGGGAAAACCUCUACCUAGUGGGCUUUGGCAAGGCUGUACUGGGCAUGGCAGCUGCAGCUGAGGAGCUACUGGGCCAGCAUCUUGUGCAGGGUGUUAUCAGCGUACCCAAGGGGAUCCGAGCUGCUAUGGAGCAUGCUGGAAAGCAAGAGAUGCUGCUGAAGCCACACAGCCACAUCCAGGUGUUUGAGGGUGCCGAGAACAACUUACCGGAUCGGGAUGCGCUACGGGCUGCACUGGCCAUCCAGCAGCUGGCAGAGGGGCUCACUGCUGACGACCUGAUGCUUGUGCUCAUCUCAGGUGGGGGCUCAGCCCUGCUGCCUGCUCCUAUCCCACCUGUCACACUGGAGGAGAAACAGAUGCUCACCAAGCUGCUGGCAGCCCGAGGAGCCACAAUCCAGGAGCUGAACACUAUCCGCAAGGCCCUGUCCCAGCUGAAGGGUGGAGGGCUGGCUCAGGCCGCCUAUCCUGCUCAGGUGGUAAGCCUCAUCUUAUCAGAUGUGAUCGGGGACCCUUUGGAGGUGAUUGCCAGUGGCCCUACUGUGGCCAGUGCCCACAGUGUGCAAGAUUGCCUGCAUAUUCUUAAUCACUAUGGUCUUCGUGCUGUUCUGCCACGCUCUGUGAAGACUGUGCUCUCUCGAGCUGACUCUGACCCCCAUGGACCACAUACCUGUGGUCAUGUUCUCAAUGUGAUCAUCGGCUCUAAUUCUCUGGCACUGGCUGAGGCUCAGAGGCAAGCUGAGGUACUGGGCUACCAUGCCAUGGUGUUGAGCGCAGCCGUGCAGGGUGAUGUAAAAAGCGUGGCUCAGUUCUAUGGACUGCUAGCCCAGGUGGCUGCAGCCCACCUCACUUCAUCCUUGGCUGAGCGUCCCUCGGAGAAGGAGGCAAAACUCCAUCAGCUGGCAGCUGAGCUCCAGCUCCCGGACCUGCAGCUGGAGGAGGCUCUGGAAGCUGUGGCAAAGGCUAAAGGUCCAGUCUGCCUCCUGGCUGGUGGUGAGCCCACGGUGCAGCUGCAGGGAUCUGGCAAGGGCGGUCGGAACCAAGAACUGGCCCUGCGUGUGGGAGUAGAGUUGGGAAGGCAGCCACUGGGGCCUAUUGAUGUGCUAUUUUUGAGCGGAGGCACUGAUGGGCAGGACGGGCCUACAGAGGUGGCCGGGGCCUGGGUCAUGUCUGAUCUUGUCAGCCAGGCUUCCGUGGAAAGCCUGGACAUAGCCACCUUCCUCUCCAACAAUGACUCGUACACGUUCUUUUGCCACUUCCGCGGUGGAACACAUUUGCUGCACACAGGGUUGACAGGGACCAAUGUUAUGGAUGUCCACCUCCUGAUUUUUCAUCCUCAGUGAUGGCAUAGCUCACAGUUUCAAUGGCAGAGUGAUCUUAGGAAGAUCAAAGACUGAUUCCCAGGCCCCAUUGUGCCUUAGGACUCCCUCCUCUGCUGCUCCACUCGCCUCCCUCAGAUCUACUCCAUGUUUGUUCUCCCAACUAGAUUAGAAGAUGGGGGCUACUUUCCACCCCUAGUUUCUGUCAUGUCGGCAGAUAACUCUGAGGCCCAGAAGGAGCUUCUUGGCCAGUUCACAGUUCUCAUUUUCUCCCUGGAAGCCUUUCUGCCCAGGUCCUCAGCCUGUUUCUUCCAUGGAGCAAUGCUUGGGAGACUGAAAAUAAAAAGCAUGUUGUGGGGGGGGGUCUCGGCUUAUCUUCCCUCAGUGCCUCUUUCUGUAGCACAGAUCUUUGUGGGGCUGCUGGGCAGGGGCACAUGAUGUGGUCCCAGCAAUGAUGCCAGUACCUCGCCUAGUUUCUAACGCCCUCUUUGGCUGGGUGCGCACUCAGUGCACACUCAGGGUCUGCUGAUGGGAAUCUGUGACAGUUGAGUCUGGUUCCUAGUGGCCUCCGUGUGGGUGAACAGGACAGGCUUAUAGUUGCUUACUUAACCAUGACUGCCUGUGGCAACCUGGUCAUGGUUUUUCCUCUCCUGCUAUAGCCUGACUGGAUGGAAAGUAUCUACUUGCCACCAAGGUUCUUCCUUCUGUAUUUGGACCACUCUUAGCUUUCCCCCUUACCCUCUGGUUAUCAAGGGCUUUCUUCAGGCUGUGGGGCAUUGAACUUGUUCUCCCAUGUCCCCUUUUCCCAGGCUAAACAUGUUCCAUUGCUGCUCCUCUGGGUACCCAGUUGGGGCCCUGGUGCCAGCAUUUCAGUGUGUGUCUCAAGCACUAGAAUGGUAAGUCAGAGCAGUGAAGGAGCUCAGCAGUCCCUCACUCCAUCCUAUCAUAGCUGGCACAGGGGAGUUACUUGGCUUGGCCUGCAGCCACUGGCCUGGUUCGCCUUGAGCCCUCUCGGUUUCACAUCAGCGCCCCCUGUUGGCUAUCCUCACCGUGCGCCACGGCUCCAAUCCCUAUAUGAGCGAGCAAUAGAAUCACAUAGGAAUAAAAAGCCAUAGAGAACAGUGAGGCCUGGGGCAGCCCCUGUGGCCCUUCUUCCAUCGUGAGGGUGCGAGGGGCUCUAGGUCAGAGCUGAUGUGUCCUAGGAAGGGCCUUCCUUCCCUUGUCCAUUGGACAGUCUAGCUAGGGCUUGCAAGCCUGGCUCCUGUGUGUUCCUCGGGCUGAAAAGGAGGCAAGCAAGGUAAGCUGGCUCUGAGGACCAGAUAGGUUUUGGGAAGUGGAGUGGUUUGUACCGUUUUCUUUCCUUCUGUUCUUGUGUAGAGGGUUAGAGUCUCUGGGAAUCUUGUCUUUACACUGGUGUUCUAGUAUCCUCCAGGAGUGGCUCUGUCCCUGUGUCUUUAACUUUGGGAAUGUAUUCCCAUUGGAAAUUGAGUUUCAGGCAAGAGCUUUGAGAGAACUUUUCAGCCACACCCUCGGUGUCUCUUUGUGGUGAACAUGUGAACAGUGGACACUGGUGUCAGAAUGCAUCUGUAGUGUAUCCAUGGGUGCUUUUCAGAGUAGGGUUGCUCGUGGGGACUGCUGCCACAUUGCCUGCUGAGGGCUUUGCAUAUAGUAGAGUCUUGCUGGAGGCUCCCCUUGUCUGCCUUGGUCCCUUUCCUGUACCUAUGCUUUCAGAGUCUGGGGGCCAGGGUCUGAAUUGGGCCCCAUUAGAACAGACAGUUUGUGGGCUUAACCUGCUGUAUUUGCUCAUCUAUAUAUUGGUCAGUCUAGAUAAUAAAAUAUGCAAAUUCAUCACA